CAGUGCGCAUGAGGCGGAGGGAGGAGCCAGCUGCGGCUGACAGGCGACCCACGGCUUGCGAUAGUAGUGGGGACAGGGGGCUGACACCCCGGGAGGGCGGCCUCAGUGAUUCCCCUCGUUGCGGUAAACAUGGUGUUUGAGUCUGUUGUAGUGGAUGUGCUGAACCGCUUCCUCGGGGACUAUGUGGUGAAUCUGGACAGCUCGCAGCUAAAGCUGGGGAUCUGGGGAGGUGCUGUAGCAUUAAAGAAUCUUGAGAUUAAGGAAAAUGCACUGAGUCAGCUGAAUGUGCCAUUUAAAGUAAAGGCAGGCCACAUUGGAAAGCUAGAUCUUAAAAUUCCUUGGAAGAAUCUGUAUACCCAGCCAGUGGAGGCUGUUCUAGAUGGAGUGUAUUUACUCAUUGUGCCUACUGCCAGCAUCAAAUAUGAUGCAGAGAAAGAAGAAAAACAGUUCCUGGAAGCCAAACAGUUACAACUCCUACACAUUGAAGAGGCAAAGCAAAAGGUGGCUGAUCAAGAAAAGCAAAAGGAAGAGAAACAGGACACAUUUGUAGAGAAAUUAGUAACUCAGGUCAUCAAAAAUCUUCAAGUGAAGAUUUCCAACAUUCACAUCCGUUAUGAGGACGAUAUCACAAAUCCUGAAAGUCCCCUGUCAUUUGGAGUAUCACUUCAGAAUUUCAGCUUACAGACCUCAGAUAAAAAUUGGAACCCAUGCUUACACGAUGAGUCGGCCAAGUUGUUUUACAAGCUUAUACGACUCGAUAACUUGUUUGCCUACUGGAAUGUGAAAUCGGAGAUGUACUAUUAUCGAAGUUGUGGAGACGCUUUGGAUAUGCUGAAGCACGGGGUUGCUGGUCAUAACAUGAUUCCAGAAGGUUACAAUUUUGUAUUCCGUCCAAUUUCCGGAAGAGCAAAACUACGUAUGAACCCUCGUUCUGAAUUCGACUUUUCUUCACCCAAGAUAGACUUGGAUGUAAAUCUUCAGGAUAUAGCGAUUGAGUUUAACAAACCACAGUACCGCAGUGUUAUGGAGCUUUUGGAAUCCAUUAACAUGAUGUCUCGAAACCUUCCGUACAGAAAGUUCCGACCGGAUGUUUGCGUGCACAACAAUGCCACAAUAUGGUGGAAGUACGCAAUAACUGGUAUCCUUGAAGUAAAUGUUAAACCGGGGCUUCACAUGUGGUCAUGGAAGCACAUUCGUAAGCACAGACAAACGAUUAAACGAUACAAAGAAAUGUACAAGUCGAAGAUCACUUGCAAGAAACCUUCAACGGACAUACUCCAUAUGAAUGAGGAAUAUGAAAAGACUUUGGACAUUUUCAGCAUAACGUUAGCAAGGCAACAAGCAGAAGUGGAGGCCUGCAAGUCUGGUCUUAAACUAUACAAACCAGGAGCUAAAGACGAAGAGAACAAGGGAUGGUUUGGAUGGAUGUGGGGUUGGUCUGGUGAAAACUCAGUGGAAAAAGUGGAGACUGGAGGUAUUGAAGGACUGAUGUCACCCGAAGAAAAAGCAAAACUGUACGCAGCGAUUGGAUACAGUGAAACCGCUGUUGAUCCAACUUUGCCAAAAUCAUACGAAGCCAUCAGUAUAUGUGUCAAACUUCUGAGCAUGUCCUUUCAAUUGCGAGAAGAUAAAGGAAAACCAGAAUUGAUUAAUCUGGCCAUAACUGAUCUAUGCACAGUGUUAAAACAACGACCAGGAGCGCAAGCACUUCGGUUUGAAGCUCAGAUUGGUACACUUGAGGCAACAGGCGCGCCCCACGGAAAGUCGGUUCCUUGUCUCCUAACAUCCCGAAACAUUGUCAAGGACAACAGUGUUUCCCUGUUAAGCCUUAUGUUUGAAACCAAUCCACUAGAUGAGCUUGCUGACCAAAGACUUCGAGUGGAAUCUUUGCCACUUCAAAUAAUAUAUGAUGCAAAAACAAUCAACAGUUUAGCUGAAUUUUUCCGUCCACCACAAGAUGUCCAUCUUGAACAGCUGACCUCUGCCACUUUAACAAAAUUAGAAGAGUUUCGGGAUAAAACAUCAACGGGUUUACUGUAUGUUAUAGAAACACAGAAGGUCCUUGAUUUGAAAAUCAAUCUCAUGGCGUCCUAUAUCCUUGUUCCCCAAAACGGAAUUUAUGAGCCUCAGUCAAACCUAAUUAUUCUGGAUCUUGGUAGUUUAAAGAUGGAGAGCAUAAGUCGCGUAGACCUUCCACGACUGAAAAUAGGGCAGAGCAGUCUUGAAGACAUUAUGUCACGUGCAUAUGAGAGUUUUGAUGUGCAACUGAGCAGUAUUCAGUUGCUUUACAGCAAAUACAAUGAAGAUUGGAAGAAGGCUCGCAAACUGAAACACUCGCCUCAGCAUAUCUUGGAACCUAUGGAUCUGAAUGUGGAGUUUAGCAGGGCUAUGGUCGUGACUGACUCCAGGAUGCCAAAGUUUAAACUGUUUGGACAGCUGCCAUUACUCUGUGUACGAGUAUCGGACCAAAAGCUGAAGGGUGUUUUGGAGCUAAUUGACAGCAUUCCCAAACCAGAAAAUCCUCCUGAUCCAUCACCUGCUACUAAAAAACUUUCAGUAAAAAAAUCUCCACUGAAUAAUCCACAACUGCUGACGAGAAGGCCUCCUUUGGUGGAAUAUCAUUCAGUCAUUGAGUCUGAUUUAGAUUCUGAAGACAUAUUUUACGACGCACCCACCAGCCCUGUGGAAGAUCUGGCGAAUUUCAAUUUCUCUAAUAGUUCGUUGACUGGAGUGGACAAUAAGAAGAGGAAAAGGCUGACAAAGCAGGAGUCUUUGAAAAACAUGACUGAAUUUCAGAUGAGAUUUGAGAUUCCAAAGGUGAUGCUUCAGUUGUGUAGCCUCUCCGAAGAUUGUGAGAAAACGGUUCUAAAUCUAGAGAUUUUGGGACUGGGUACAGAACUUAACGUGAGAACAUUCGAUAUGUCAGCAAAUGCCUUUCUGAAAGAAAUAGCUUUACAUUGCCCCCAGUACACAGAUGACGAAGGAAAAACAGUUUACAUUAUCACAACUUUGGACAACACCACAGAUGACCUUUUAAUUCUGGAAUAUGUAAAGGCUGACAUGAAUGGACCAGAAUUUUCAACCGUGUACAAAAAUGUAGAACAACUAAUUAGGGUGAACUUCUCAUCUUUGGACGUCCAUCUGCACACAGAGGCUCUUCUAAACACGAUGGGCUUUCUGAAUAACCUUCUACCAACGUCCAAGACCAACGAACCUGAAACAUUGCUUCAAGAGACUGAAGACAGAAAAGAACAAAAGAAGGCAAUAACACGGACUCAAUCAAAAUACGAUGAUGUGAUAAAUCUUCAUGUGUGUGCAGAAUUGUCCUGCUUGCGUGUUUUUAUCCGUGAACAAAAACGUAGCAUUUCUGAAAUCAGCAUUGAAGGUCUUGAUUCUCAGGUGAUCAUGAGUAAAAAAGCAACAAACAUUUCAGCUAAACUGAAAAAUAUUGUUAUUCAAGAUCUGGAUAGCAAUGCCCUCUAUAAGAAGGCGGUUUGCAUAACUGGAAAAGAAGUCUUCAAUCUUCAAAUGUCAUCCUACGUUGAUGCCACCCAAGGUGCUGCCUAUACAGAUAUGAACAUCGUAGACAGUCAUAUCACCUUAACGGUUGGCUGCAUCCAAGUCAUUUUUGUCAACAAAUUUGUUUCGGCAAUUUUGGAUUUUGUAAAUCGUUUUCAAACGGCAAGAGAUGCAUUAGCAGAAGCCACUGCCCACGCUGCAGAAAAAGCUGCCACGGGCGUGAAGGAAUUAGCCCAACACAGCUACCGGCUAGCUCUGGAUGUUAAUAUCAAGGCUCCAGUUGUGAUCAUACCACAGUCAUCCACAUCUUCUGACAUCUUGGUGGCAGAUCUUGGUCUUAUCACCAUUAAAAACCAGUUCUUCAUUGUAACAACAAAAAGUCGCUGUAGCCUUCCUCCUGUCAUUGACUCCAUGGCAGUGAAACUUAGUGAGCUAAACUUAUACAGGACUGUUUUUGAAAAAGAUUCAUUGCAGUCAGAAUUAAAGCUACUUCAGCCACUAAAUUUGGACAUAACAGUCGAACGUAAUUUGGCAGCUGAUUGGUACAAUGAUAUUCCCGAUAUCAAAAUCACUGGACAUCUUAAACCAAUGAAUCUCGUUCUUGGCCAAGAAGACCUGACUUUGAUCCUGAGGACACUGAAUGAAAAUUUAGGAGAAACAUCCCAAAAAAUGCCCCUGACCGAUUCAGAGCAGAAGAUGGCCGAAACCAGCAGCAGUGGAACUACUGUAGUAACAGCUGCAGUAGUGGAAACAUAUGCACCUGUAAAAAUCAAAACAACUUUGAAGCUCGACUUCCAGUUCGACUCCCUCACAUUAAGACUGUAUAGUUCCAACUCAAAAGCAAACCAUGCACGUGUCAGUCAGAGAGAUGAUGCUUUGAAACUUGCUGAGUUCAGACUAGGCUUGAUUUCCACUGCUGCCAAAAUGUCCUCCGAUGGGACAAUAAGCGCUGCUCUCAAACUAACAAACUGCACAUUGGAUGAUAAGAGGGAGGCUAUACAAAAAGCAAGUCCCAGAAUGCUUGAAAUGAAACAUGGGUUUGAGAAAAAUGUCAUGGUGGACGUGGCUUAUAAACAGGGCAGAGAAGGCACAGUCUUGGAUGUAAUUGUCCGUGACAUCUACUUGUGCGCAAGCGUGGAAUUUCUCCUUACAGUGGCAGACAUAUUUCUCAAAGCCAAUGAGCAAAGUGCUGCUGCGCAACAAAGCAUUCUUCAAGCAGCAAGCAUUCCCAAGGACACAGCGGCCACACAACAGGUGUCUAAAAUGGAAAUGAAUGUAAUGGUUAAAAACCCUGAGAUUGUUUUUGUGGCUGAUCUAACAAAAGCUGAUGCCCCGGCACUGGUAUUGACGACUCAGUGUGAACUGUCCAUUAAAAACAGCACUGAAACCCAGCACAUGACUGCUUCUGUGAAGGACUUGCACAUGCAGGCUUGUCCUUUUCUGCCAGAGAAGAGAGCAGGAAACAUCACAACUAUACUUCAACCGUGCGAUCUCUUUUUCCAAAGUAUCCAGUCUAAUGGUGGUCCACAAAUGAUAGAACUGUCCUUAAAGUCACUGAUGCUGAAGGUUUCACCAGUUAUUCUAAACACAGUCAUUACAAUUACCUCAGCUCUCUCUCCCAGCAAGGAGGCAAUCACAGAAGUAACAAGCCCAGUCCCUCCAGAUCUCUGGAAGAAGAAAGACCUGAAAGAUUUAAAACUUUGGUUUCUCGAAGAAACCAAGGAAAGUGAGAAUGUAGCCUGUGAGAAGGAUACGUUGGUGCUAACUGGAGAGACCCUUAAAGUCAACAUUGAAUCGAUCAUUGUGUCUCUGGAAGCUGGUGUUGGACACAGGACAUUACCUAUGCUUUUAGCCAAGUCCUCAUUUUCUGGAGAUGUAAAGAAUUGGAGCACUCUCAUAAACCUGCACAGCCAGCUCGAAUUAGAGGUUCACUAUUACAAUGACAUAUUUGGCGUUUGGGAGCCAUUACUGGAACCUCUUGAAGUUGAUAAAAGUGAUGCCUUUCGACCCUGGACUCUUGGCAUAAAGAUGAAAAAGAAAUUAAGAAAGCUACUUUGUGAGGUAGAUGGUGAAGAAGAGAAUUACAAGAUACCAGAAUAUAUAACGGCAAUUAACAUCUUUUCAAAAGACCAUCUGAAUCUCACUCUCUCUAAAUGUGGUCUUCAAAUGCUGACCAACUUAGGACAGGCGUUUGCUGAAGCCGCUAGCAAAACAGCUGAUGUGUUCAAAAAAGACCAAGCUCCAUUUGUGGUCAAAAACUCUCUUGGACUUAAAGUCUCUGUCUCUCCCAGUGACUUUUUCACCCCCUUAAACGCUGAUAUGGUAUCCAAUUGUGUUGGGUUGAAUGACGGAGAGAGCCUUAGCAUGGAUUACGUUCAGUCUAAGAGGCAGAGUGACAAGUUCUCUGCAAUGACCAGUCUGAGCAGCAAGCACUUCUACAUUCAGCUUGUGCCAUUGCAACACACAAUGACUGACAAGAUCCCAUUAACCAAAGUGGGUCGAAGUCUUUACUCUGUACGCCACUUGGACUCUGGUGUGGAAAGAUGUAUUGUUUGUCAGGUCGAUACGGUGGAGGCAACCAAAUGCAUUACAAUCCGAUCCCCAUUACAGAUCCGAAAUCAUUUUUCAAUUGGAUUUGAAAUUUAUGAAGAUGAAGUCUGUUUAGGGACUGCUGGACCAGAAUCGGACUUUAACGUUCCAUUGCCUUCUUACAGAUCCACCCUGUGCUUGAAGCCAGAGACAAACGAAACAUAUCAGAUGUGUGAUGGCAUCAGCUUUGAGGAUAUCAUAAGAAGUAAUGGAAAUCUUCUGGGGAGGAAAUGCCAGUCUCUAAGAUCUAAAAAUGAUUGCCUUAUCAUAAACAUUGCUGCAUUGAAAGAUGUCCUGAUUUCCCCGGUGUCCACAAAUGACAAGUGGGACCUACCGUAUGUGGUUCAUUUGUGGCCAACUGUUCUCCUUCGUAACCUAUUGCCUUACCAGAUUACCUACUGCUUGGAGGAUUUUACGGACAACUCUGUUCUCAUAGAUGAAGGAUGCUCUGCGCAGAUCCAUGAUGCGGUCAUUGACCAAACUACCCUCAAGUUACAAUUAUUGAAUUAUCUUGACCUAAAUUGGAUUGGCAAAUACCAUAUACAAAGCAAGCAACAGGACAUCCACUUCAUAAAGCUGCAUUCUGAUGCGGAGUUUGAGAAGACAGAGCUAGAUAUUGCUGUUCACAUCACAUAUGCCACAGGCCAAACCAUUAUCGCAAUCCACAGCCCGUACUGGAUGGUGAAUAAAACUGGGAGAAUGCUUCAGUACAAAGCAGAUGACGUGCACCGAAAACAUGCUGCCAAUCACAAGAAGCCUCUACUGUUUUCCUUUAAGCCAAAAAACUUUUUCCAAAAUAACAAGGUGCAGCUUAUGAUAACAGAUAGUGAACUCUCCGAUUCAUUUUCUCUGGAUACUGUUGGUACACAUGGUGCUGUUAAGUGUAAGGGUAAACACCUGGACUAUCAAGUUGGUGUCACCAUUCAGGCCAGCAGUUUCACUCUGACCAGAAUUGUCACUUUUACCCCAUUUUUCAUGAUUACAAACAGAAGCAAGUACCAGCUGCACCUUCUGGAAGAAGGCGUGGAAAAAGUGAUCACUGUUGGCUCUGAACAGUGCGUACCGUUCUGGCCUGUAAGCAGCGAUAACAAAUUGGUCGUUCAAGUUGAAGGCUCCCGGGUACCAUCGAAAAAAAUAAAUUUUAAUAAGCAAGAUAACAGCAUGUUACUUCGCUUGGAUGAUAAGUUUGGAGGAAUAUUAGUGGAUGUCACCUCCAGAGAACAUUCUACCGUCAUAAACUUCUCAGAUUACCACAAAGGGGCAGCGCCAUUUCUUUUAAUCAACCAUACGAAUUCUGAAACUUUAGAGUUCUACCAGAGCUCUGUCAAUGGCGAGACAGACAGCCUUCCACCCGGGAAAGCUAUGCUGUAUGCGUGGGAAGAUCCAACAAGCCAAAGGGAGUUGUCUUGGAAAUGUGGCAAUAACACUGGAAGUGUCUUACAAACAGAAGACAGAGUUGAGUAUCUCCACGCGGAGAACAGCAUUGUCUACCUUGUGUCUUUCUUGGAAGGACCGCAGCGCAUUGUUCUGUUCACUGAAGAUAAGGAUGUCUUUGAUGUGACUUAUGACAGCGAGAAAGCAGAGUUAUCAGAGCAGGAAGUCACAAUAUCCCUCUCAAACGUGGGCAUUUCUUUAGUAAACAAUUAUUCAAAGCAAGAGGUUUCUUAUAUCGGGAUUAGCAGUUCAGAUGUAGUUUGGGAAAGUAAAAUGAAGACACGGUGGAGGCCACUCAGUGUAAAGCAGACGGAGAGGCUGGAGGAAGCCUACAAAGAAUACAACGAGUCUGCUCCAAUCGACAACAGAAUUGUUGAGUUGGAUCAAGAAAACAAGUUACAGGUUUGCCUAACACCCUCGUUUACUGGGAUGAAGUUUGUAGGGAACAGUUCUGCACCUGUCAGGAGAAGUUUCCUGCCAGCGCUGAAGGUGGAGUACUCUGCCUCAGCACAUCAGACGUCUAUCCGGCUUCAAGUCUACAGCAUACAGGUACAAAACCAGAUUCCAGGAGCCAUCUUCCCCUUUGUGUUCUAUCCUGUAAAACCUCCAAAGUCUGUUACCUUGGACACAGAGCCAAAACCUUUCACUGAUGUCAGUAUUGUAAUGAGAACCGCAGGACAUUCUGAUCUGACACGCAUAAAGUAUUUCAAGGUUUUGAUUCAAGAAAUGGAUCUCCGACUCGACCUUGGGUUUCUGUAUGCUCUUGCUGAUCUUGUUACCCAAAAUGGUGACAUACCUAAAGAUCAAGAGGUUGAGCUGUUCAAGAAGGACGUGGAGGCUCUCCAGAGUGAACUGAGCACUGUGUCCUCGAAAGAUACAUCUUUAAUCAGCUUAUAUGAAUAUUUUCACAUAUCCCCAAUUAAGUUGCAUUUAAGUUUUUCAUUGAGCACUGGAGGGGAUGACGGAAAUAAAGAACAGCGUGAUAAAGAACUGAUUCCGGUGCAGUCUGUGAAUCUUAUGUUGAAGAGUAUCGGCGCCACCCUCACAGAUGUCCAAGAUGUUGUAUUUAAACUGCCCUUUUUUGAACUUCACAAUCAGUUUUACACAACGCAAGAACUGCAGUGGGAUGUCAUCCGUCAUUACUCAAAACAAGCUAUAAGACAAAUGUACGUUCUUGUUCUUGGACUCGAUGUGUUGGGUAACCCCUUCGGUUUUUUCCGAGACCUCUCUGAAGGAGUAGAAGCGUUUUUCUAUGAACCCUACCAGGGUGCAAUUCAAGGGCCCGAAGAGUUUGUUGAAGGGAUGGCAUUAGGUGUCAAAGCUCUUGUGGGAGGAGCAGUUGGAGGCUUGGCCGGUGCAGCAUCACGGAUCACAGGUGCUAUGGCCAAAGGUGUAGCUGCCAUAACCAUGGAUGAAGAUUAUCAACACAAGAGGAGAGAAGCCAUGAAAGAACAACCCCGUGGUAUAAAAGAAGGCAUAACUCGAGGAGGAAGAGGCCUUGUAUCUGGCUUUGUCAGUGGAGUAACCGGGAUUGUGACAAAGCCAGUAAAAGGAGCCCAGCGGGAAGGUGCAGCUGGAUUCUUUAAGGGUGUUGGAAAAGGAUUGGUUGGGGUUGUCGCAAGGCCAGUCGGAGGAAUUAUAGACAUGUUCAGCAGCACGUUUCAGGGUAUUAAAAGAGCUACGGAUUCGUCUGAUGAUGUUCAGAGCCUCCGUCCUCCACGAUUUCUUCAUGAAGAUGGUGUCAUCAGACCAUACAGGAUGAGAGAGGGUGUUGGCAGUCAGUUGUUACAGAAUUGAAUUCAUAUUGCACGAUGCUGCCUAUGGUGGGACAAAAUAUAGGAUCUUUUAACACAGUUCUGUCUGAUUAUAAUCUACGUCAGCUACAUGCAAGCUAUGCUGCUUCUUGGGUUUGGCUCUUGGUGCUGUGUAUGCACAUUUUCCUUUCUUUUGGUAGCCUUUGUUUAAUGUCUGUAACAUGUAAUGCCACAUAUCAACAGUUACUGGGACCAGUAUCACUUCUAUGAUUUUGUAUUCAGUACAUGGAGCUGAGACCGUGCUGCUCUGGCCAAUCUUUAGUGUCGGAGUCCUAGAGUCCAAGAAGCAUAUUCCACCUUCUCUGCUGAGGCUUCAUGUGAAAUGGUUAAACAUUUUAUGAAACACUCGGCUAUGCAUUAAUGUCAGAGAUGGCAAAUUUAAAUCUGAAAAUAAAAAUACCAAUAGCAGAAGUGAUAGAUGGUUCUGGUUAUCUGAGGUGUGAAAGUUCCCCUUUAAACUCAUUGUCUCAUCUACUAAUUUGCUUUCUUGAAAUGUUAUUGUUUGCUUCUUUCUUUUUCUUGCCUGCAGACGAAACACAAUACAGGCCUUGAGUGAGUUUGCUUGAUCAGACAAUGGUAGUGAUAGAAUGUAGUAGAAUAGAAACAUUUCCUAUACAUUCCUAUAUAUAGCAGAUAUAUUGUCUAGUUUCAGGGAAAUCCAGAAGUCAUUUCAGAUCUGAAAUGUGCCACAUUACAGAAUGUAUCCGAUAUGUACAGUUUAUAUUUUCUAAAAUCCAGAUACGUUUUUAUGUUCUUGAAGAGUUUUGUUGCUUCCUUGGAGAAUUAUAUUUUUAUUACUCUGUCUUAUUAAAACACCUGAAUUGCGUAAUAUUUUAUUAUAUUCAUAAAAGGCUGCCUUUUUGUAGACUCUUAUUUGUGUUUUUAAAAUAUUGUUUUGUUGUAUACUGGCCAAGUGUUUUGUGAUAUGAUUGUAUUGGCAUAAACGUUAUAACCUUUUGUUCCUUAUCCGCCAUAUUUAAUAAACAUGAACUGUUCAUUCAAA